GUAAAUCGAUCGAUGGACGCGACACCCAACCAUCACUAAAUACACAACAGCCGCAACAGCCGCAACACACGCAACAACCAACUAACGCACAAAAAUACAACAAGCAGUGAUGCGCCAAUUAUUCACGUCCGAGUCGCUCGUCGAUCGGUGCGACGAAAGCAAGUGUUUGUCGACGGGCCUGGCUCCCCCGAACGACGCGGAUGCGGAAUCCGAGCAGCUCUUCAACUGCUGGGCCCAGGGACCGGGAACCCUCUUUCCCUAUAUGUGCGCGGACGGCUACACCGGUGUCCCGGUCCCGGGCUGGGAAAGCGACAGCAACGACGGCGUCCACUAUUUCACCUGCUGCCCCGGAUCCGGCAACCCGGACCCACCGCCGGUGCGCGAGUGCGGAAACACGCGGGCCCUAGACGCCGGCGAUUCCAACUACCGGGACGACCAAUCGCCCGCCGACGUGCUGGAAACGCUCUGCAGCACCUCUGMCGGUCUUCCCUACGGACGCUUCAUGACCUUUCUCCCGGGCCUGCCCCGGUCCUACCUCUGCUGCAGCGUGGAUCUCGACGAGGGCAGCAGCCAGGAUGGCAGCAGUCAGGACGAGAUGCCUGAAGGGCCGGUUGGCGAGAGUGCGACGGUUGGCACGGACAGAGCCAACAGCACGGGGCUUGAGAGCUCCACCUACGGGGAUGAUGUUGGUGGUGGUUUGGAUCCGAACGAGUACUCGGGUUUGGGUUCGGGUUCGGAUUGCAUGGCAAACGUGUUUUGUGGGGACUGYACCGUGACCAACACCUUUGGAAACAUCCAGGUAAUGAACUGCUACAGCGAUGUCUAUCGGUUUCCCGUGAUUGUGGAAACGGACGGGAACACCGCYACGUACGAGUGCUGCAUGUCGGACCCGUCUGCUGCGACGCAGCCCUGUGUCUUUGUUGUUGACUCGGCUGCUUACAGGGCUACUGUUUGGACGCAAUUCGCCCUAGCAGUGGUGGCUUCCGCCAUGUCGGUGCUCCUCAUCACCGCGGUGGGGCGGUCCCUGUUUCUGGCCCGGCGAAGCGCAAAGACAAAACCGAAUGCCGCGAAACAUUCCGGCAGCGACUACUCGUCCUACAACCUCUACCUGGUCUUGCUAGCCAUUCCCGACCUGGCCUACAACGUGUUUCUGAUGGGGAUCGUUUCGGUACACUUCCAGAACGGCUGGAUCCCCCAGCUCGACCCGAUCAUCACCUUUUGCGCGACKUCCAACCAGUAUCUCAACGCGGUAAUUGCGAGAGAGGUCCUGGUCCUGCUGCAGACGACCAAGGCCUGUCGGAAGCACUCCCCGCCCACGCUCGCCAGGGCGGGCCUCCAGUUCCUGGCGGUUUCGGUCUACGCCUCKUUGCUGGCAAUCGCCUGGUACUUUCUCCUCUACCACGACAGCGACGGCACGGAACGGUCGACCGUUUCCAUCCCCAUGCGGAGGCUCACCGUCCCGAUUUUUUACGUACUGGUGGUAGCCAUUCCGGCGGUGUACCUGAUCUGGGUCUGCUUCGUGAUCUGGCGCCAGCAACUCCUCCCCAAGGGACAGAUCGGCUGGACGAAACAGGCCACCACCACUGCCGCCGCAGCAAUCCCGAGCAACAGCCGCAAAACGAACAGCAACAGCAACAGCAACAGCAACAGCAACAGCAACAGCAAAACGAACAGCAACACCAACCACGGCAACGGCAGCAGCAACAGCGGCCACCGAAACAGCAGCGAACCAGGCGACAGCGUCUCUGCGCAUCCAACGGCACACACCGUAGCAACGAUGCAGCAACAACAGCAGCAAGAGCASGCCUCGGUCAAGAGCGAAAGGCGUUGGAAUUGGCACUCGCAUUCGACCACGGGCAAUGUUUCGCACAGAACGACAACCACCACGGCGAGAUCGUACAGAACGACCACCACCACCACCACGACAACCGCUGCCACCACCGCCCGCACCGGUCGAUUGAACGUUCUGGCCGUGUACUUUGCGCGGAUCAUCCUCGUCUUCUUCCUGGUGUGGCUCCCGGGAAUGAUCAUGUACUACAUUGCCUACCAACCGAACAAGAACGCCGCGAGCCUGAUGCACAACGUCGGGCUGAUHUUUUUGUCGCUGCAGGCCAUUCUCUCGAACGCCAUGGCCAUGAGCAAACCGGACGUGGCGAGGGCCAUCCGGGAGCUGCUGCGGCUGUUCUGUCCACCGCGCAACAACAGCAACAACAACAACAGCAACAACAACGGCGCCGAGGAAGCGGAAGCCUCACGGUCCCCCCAAGGCCGGGGGUACGGUUGCGGCUCGAGCUGCCACCGGCGGCCAAAGAAAGGCCUCCUUCGGAAGGACGGCCGGGUGGUGGUUUCCCACCCAACAGACGACGCCGAGGCCCCGARGCAAACCUCCGGGGUGACCGUGGACCACGCCGGCCGCAUCGUCACCACCAAUCCCCACACCUUUGCAAMUGACGAAGACCCGGUCUCGACCAUCACCACCGGCACGACCUCCAGCUGUGCCAUUGGGGCCAACGGCYAUUCGCACRCGGAGGUGACGACCAUCCACGAAGACGAGCCGUACCCGACCGAAUCGGAGGGAACCAAAGCGCCGUGAAGCUUGCUUGCACCGUACCGUACGGAACCAUCGAYUGCGCCCAUUGGCAAACAGAACCUUUUUGUUUCGUUGUUUGAAAAAAGCCGGGCCUUCUCCGUUCCGUGGAGGCGCUUUUAACCGGAUCGAGGAUUCCCAACCACCCAAGCACGGGCGAGGUAUUCUUCGCUUCGGYAGAACGGACACAAACCAACCGGCAGGGGCUCCGGGGAUGCCGGCGUUGGUGUCCAGGGAUUCGGGCCGGUGUCGGCCUCYGUGUCCGGCUCGCGGCCGACCGAUGUGCGUUUGGUCUUCGCGGGUGCUGCUUUCGCCGCCCGCUGACCAGGGGACUUGCAAAAGUCGGAUGGACAGGAACCRCACACCAAGCAAAGAAAGAAAUACGGGCAGCACGUGCGUGCGGCAACGGCAAAGCAUCGAGAUCGUUUUGCAGAAGCAUCCCGCGCAAAACGAGUUGUUGGUUGAUCUACCGUACGCGGCCUUCGCUUUUUGCGGAGAUGGCUUUGUUUCGAGAGCGAGUCGUCGUCCGAAAGCGAACAAAACAGAGGCAUAUUAAACAAUAAUCAUAUCU